AAGGUCUAGCUAGAGGGACAUCACCAUGGUGAUGCUCUCCACAUUGCUGCGGUCGACAAACCGCUUUAAGACCGCCGCUCAUCCUUGGAGAAAGUUGUUUUCUACCUAUGACCAUUCACCACUGUUUGAUUCUAAUAUUUUUGCGAGUGAGACCGUCCAGUACAAGCGCCUCCUCGGACCCGAAUCUGUGGAAUCCGUCCUCGUGAACGGCGAAUCCUACCUUUCCGUCAAGGGCGAAGCCUUGCAAGUACUGUCGAAACACGCUUUUUCGGAUGUCGCGCAUCUUCUUCGACCAGCUCACUUGCAGCAGUUGCGGAACAUUCUGGACGACCCGGAAGCCUCGUCGAAUGAUCACUUUGUGGCUAUGGAAUUGCUGAAGAACGCCAACAUCGCAGCGGGGCGAGUUUUGCCUGGUUGUCAGGAUACGGGUACAGCGAUCGUGUUGGGUAAGAAGGGUCACCGGGUUUUGACGGAUGGAGAAGACGAAGCGUACCUGGCCAAUGGUGCCCACGACGCUUACCGCGAUCUCAAUUUACGUUACAGCCAAGUCGCGCCCCUGGAUAUGUUCGCCGAACGAAAUACGGGCAACAACAUGCCUGCACAGAUUGAUUUAUACUCAAACAAAGGCAACGAAUAUAAAUUUAUGUUUAUUGCAAAAGGCGGUGGCUCUGCCAACAAAACCUUUUUGUAUCAGCAAACCAAGGCUCUUCUGAAUACGGGAUCCCUGGAGGCAUUUUUGGAGGAGAAGAUCAAGACCAUUGGUACUUCGGCUUGUCCGCCGUAUCAUCUCGCAAUUGUUAUUGGUGGUCUCUCGGCCGAACUCACACUUAAGACCGUUAAGUUGGCCAGCACCAAAUUUUACGAUGACCUGCCAACGAGCGGCGAUUCUACGGGACGAGCAUUCCGUGAUGUGACUUGGGAGGACUACAUUCUGAAAAUGACUCGUGGACUAGGGAUUGGUGCUCAGUUCGGUGGCAAGUACUUUUGUCAUGAUGUAAGAGUAAUCCGUUUGCCGCGGCAUGGCGCUAGUUGUCCGGUUGGAAUUGGUGUGAGCUGUUCCGCAGAUCGGCAGGUACUUGGCAAGGUAACAAAGGACGGCGUCUUUUUAGAGAGGCUUGAAGAGGAUGUGAGCAAGUAUUUGCCCGACAUAUUGGACGACAGUUUGUCAGAUGAAGUUGUUAAGAUUGACAUGAAUAGUAUGUCAAUGGAUGAGCUACGUCAAACAUUAUCCAAGCAUCCUAUUCGUACCCGGUUGUCACUCUCUGGGACCAUCGUUGUCGCGCGCGAUAUCGCCCAUGCCAAGAUGCUGAAACGUAUCGAAGACGGUGAAGGGUUACCGGACUACGCAAAACAGCACAUUAUCUAUUAUGCUGGACCCGCUAAGACACCGGAAGGAUACGCCAGUGGUUCGUUUGGUCCCACUACGGCCGGUCGUAUGGAUGCAUACGUGGAUCGAUUUAUGCAAGAGGGUGGCUCUUUUGUUUCCCUGGCCAAGGGAAACCGCAGCAAGCAGGUGACGAAUGCUUGCAAAAAGUACGGUGGGUUCUAUCUUGGUAGCAUUGGAGGACCAGCCGCCAUCCUGGCCAAGAACUGCAUAAAGAAGGUAAAAGUUCUGGAUAAUGAGGAAGAUGGCAUGGAAGCAGUUUGGAAGAUCGAAGUUGAGAAUUUUCCGGCUUUCAUCGUUGUGGAUGACAAGGGCGAAGAUUUCUUUGAAGAAUGGCUAGGUUAAAUUUUUUUAGAUGGUAUUGUGUUCCUUCUUUCCACUAGUUAGGGUUUCAAUAUUCAUCGAGGGCUAUCAUCCGCAUUGACAGUAAACUGCCUGCAUCACUAAAGUGUGGCGAGGUUAGUUCUUCUAUCUUCGACUUCCUCCCGCAAGAUAUCCAACUGCCGCGGCAACAGUAGCUACACCAGCAACGGCAGCCAAUGACUUUGGAUCAAUCGAGUCAACCAGCGAUGUUCGAGGCGGUUCUGUUGGCGCCGGAGCAUCUUUUCUAUUUUCAUCUCGAACUAUAACUGCAUUCUUUUUGUUCUUUUUCUUUUUAUUCUUCUGCUCAGCUUCCUGUCGUAGUCGCUCCGCGGCGCCUUCCGCGGUUCCAUAGAGCUUUUCGUCCACCGCAUACAUACGCUUCUUGCCACCUUUUCCAGCUUUGAGGACUUCGUCCAGCUUU